CCCCCCCCCAAAAAAAAAAAUUGUCCCCAAAAUUGUCCCCCAAAAACUGUCCCCAAAAAAAUUGUCCCCAAAAAGUUGUCCCCCCCCCCAAAAAAAAAUUGUCCCCAAAAAAGUUGUCCCCAAAAUUGUACCCAAAAAACUGUCCUCAAAAAAUUGUCAACAAAAAAUUGUCCCCCAAAAAAAUUGUCCCCAAAAAAUUGUCCCCCAAAAAAAUUGUCCCCAAAAUUGUCCCCAAAAGUUGUCCCCAAAAUUGUCCCCGAAAAACUGUUCCCAAAAUUAUCCAAAAAUUGUCCCUAAAAAAUUGUACCUAAAAAAUUGUACCUAAAAAAUUGUCCCCAAAGUUGUCCCCCCAAAAAAUUGUCCCCAAAAUUAUCCCCAAAAAUUGUCCCCCAAAAAAUUGUCCCCAAAAUUGUCCCCCCCCCAAAAAAAUUGUCCCCAAAAAAGUUGUCCCCAAAUCCUCAGGGAACUUUCCCCAAAUGUCCCCAAGGUGUCCCUAAAGUGUCCCCAGAUGUCCCCGAAGUGUCCCCAAAUGUCCCCAAAUGUCCCCAGAUGUCCCCAAAUGUCCCCAGGUGUCCCCAGAUGUCCCCAGAUGUCCCCAAAGUGUCCCCAAAUGUCCCCAAAUGUCCCCAAGGUGUCCCCAAAGUGUCCCCAAAUGUCCCCAAAUGUCCCCAAGGUGUCACAGACCCCUCAAAAAUGCCCCAAAAUCUCUAAAAAAUGUCCCCAAAUCCCAAAAACCGGUCCUCAAAUCCCAAAAACCCGUCCUCAAAUGUCCCCGAAUGUCCCCAAAUGUCCCCAAAGUGUCCCCAAAUGUCCCCAAAGUGUCCCCAAAUCCUCAGGGAACUGUCCCCAAAUGUCCCCAAAGUGUCCCCAAAUGUCCCCAAAGUGUCCCCAAAUCCUCAGGGAACUGUCCCCAAAUGUCCCCAAAGUGUCCCUAAAUGUCCCCAAGGGUCCCCAGAGGGUCCCCAAAGUGUCCCCAGAGUGUCCUCAAAUGUCCCCAGAUGUCCCCAAAUGUCCCCAAAUGUCCCCAAAGUGUCCCCAGAUGUCCCCAAAUGUCCCCAAAGUGUCCCCAAGGUGUCACAGACCCCUCAAAAAUGCCCCAAAAUCUCUAAAAAAUGUCCCCAAAUCCCAAAAACCCGUCCUCAAAUCCCAAAAACCCGUCCUCAAAUGUCCCCGAAUGUCCCCGAAUGUCCCCAAAGUGUCCCCAAAGUGUCCCCGAGUGUCCCCAAAGUGUCCCCGAGUGUCCCUUGACCCCUCAGACAUCCGGGAGAGCGAGAACAUCGCCGAGCUGCACAACCAGAUCAGCGCCUGCGACGCCAUCCUCGAGCGCAUGGAGCAGAUGCUGGGCUCGUUCCAGAGCUCGCUGAGCUCCCUGAGCUGGGAGAUCCGAGCCCUGCAGGGCCAGGCCGGGGCCAUGAACCUGCGGCUUCGGAACCGGCGCCAGGUGCGGGAGCGGCUGGGGGGGCUGCUGGACGAGCUGGUGGUGCCCCCCGACAUGAUCAGCGUGAUCCUGGAGUCCCCGGUGACGUCCCCGGAGUUCCUGGAGCGCCUGCGGGACCUGGACGGGAAGAUCGAGGCGGUGAAGGAGCAGGCGUUCCGCGACACGCUGGCCUGCAACGACGUCCAGCACGUCCUCGACCGCCUGCGCAUCAAGGCGGUGGCGAAGAUCCGGGAGUUUGUGCUGCACAAGGUUUUCUCCUUCCGGAAGCCCAUGACCAAUUACCAGAUCCCGCAGGACUCCCUGCUCAAGUACAGGUAGGAUCGGCUCCCCAAAAAUUCCCAAAAAAAACGGCCCCAAACGUUCCCGAAAAAUUCCACAACAGUUCCCGAAAAAUCCCCCCAAAAAUUCCCGGAAAUUCGGGAAAAAUUCCCCAAAAAAAUCGCGGAAAAAUCAACGAAAAAUCAACGAAAAAUCAACAAAAAAUCACCAGGAAAUCCGCAAAAAAUUCCCAAAAAAUCCCCCAAAAAUUCCCUAAAAAUCCCAAAAAAAAUCCUCAAAAAAUCCUCAAAAAAAUCCUCAAAAAAUCCCCAAAAAAUCCCCAAAAAAAUCCUCAAAAAAUUUUCAAAAAAUCCCCAAAAAAUCCUGAAAAAAUCCCCCAAAAAUCCCCAAAAAUUUCCCCAAAAAUCCCCCAAAAAUUCCUAAAAAAUCCUGAAAAAAAUCCCCAAAAAAUCCUCAAAAAAAUCCUUAAAAAAUCCCCAAAAAAUCCCCAAAAAUCCCCCACCAAUCCCCACCACCACCCCGCCCCCCACCUCCCCCCACUCUCCCCACCCCCCCAAUCCCCAUCAAUUACCCCACCCCUCCCCCCACUCUCCCCACCCCCAAUUACCCCACCCCUCCUCCACCCCCCCACCCCCAUCAAUUACCCCACCCCUCCCCCACCGCCCCACCCCCAUCAAUUACCCCACCCU